AUGUCGCUAGCCAGGACGACCUUGCUGCCAGUGACUAAGCGAGCUAUUUUCUCAAUGUUAGCUCGGUCUCUGAGCGGCACUCAAGAAGCCGACAUCGUCGUCAUUGGCGCGGGUCCUGGUGGAUAUGUUGCUGCGAUCAAGGCGGCGCAACUAGGCAUGAAAACCAUCUGUGUGGAGAAAGAUCCUACUCUUGGAGGAACAUGUCUGAAUGUGGGCUGUAUCCCUUCAAAGUCGCUUCUUAACAACUCCCAUUACUACCAUAUGUCUCAUCACGACUUCGCCAACAGAGGAAUUGAAUGCACUGCCACACUAAAUCUUCAAAAAAUGAUGGAGGCAAAGGCAAGCAGUGUAAAACAACUGACUGGUGGAAUUGUGCAACUUUUCAAGGCAAACAAAGUUGGACACAUCGAAGGAGUAGGAACUAUUACGGGACCUAACCAAGUUCAAGUGAAAAAGAAUGAUGGUUCGAUCGAAACCGUGAACACCCGAAACAUUCUUAUCGCCACUGGCUCUGAAGUGACACCUUUCCCAGGAAUUCCCAUCGAUGAGGAUCAGAUCGUUUCCUCUACGGGCGCGCUUUCGCUCAAGGCAGUUCCCAAGAAAAUGGUUGUUAUUGGGGCUGGCGUUAUUGGACUUGAGCUGGGAUCGGUAUGGCAGAGACUCGGAGCCCAAGUGACUGCUGUAGAAUUUCUCGAACAUAUUGGUGGAUUUGGAAUUGACAUGGAGGUCUCGAAAACAUUCCAGCGUACGUUGACGAAACAAGGAUUGAAGUUCCUACUCAGCACAAAGGUAAUGGCCGCCACAAAAAAUGGAGGAAACAUCACUGUGGAAGUCGAAGGAGCAAAAGAUGGAAAAAAGCAGACGCUAGAGUGUGACACCCUACUAGUAGCCAUUGGGAGGCGCCCCUAUACAAAGGAUCUUGGAGUGGAGAAUGUCAACAUCACACUAGAUGAAAAGGGACGGGUACCAGUCAAUGAGCGGUUCCAGACCAAGGUGCCGUCUAUCUAUGCCAUUGGAGACUGCAUCGCAGGCCCUAUGCUUGCUCACAAGGCAGAAGAUGAGGGAAUCUUAUGUGUCGAAGGAAUUUGUGGAGGACCUGUACAUAUUGACUAUAACUGCAUCCCAUCUGUUAUUUACACUCAUCCUGAAGUAGCUUGGGUCGGUAAGCCGGAAGAGCAGCUCAAACAGGAGGGAGUCGCAUAUAAAGUAGGAAAGUUCCCAUUCAUUGCAAACUCGCGAGCAAAGACAAACUUCGACACAGACGGAUUCGUCAAGAUUCUGGCCGACAAACAAACAGAUAGGAUGCUUGGAGUGCACAUUAUUGGACCAAAUGCUGGAGAAAUGAUCGCUGAAGGUGCGCUCGCUCUCGAAUAUGGCGCAUCGGCCGAGGACGUCGCCCGAGUCUGUCAUCCUCAUCCUACUCUUUCUGAAGCAUUCCGUGAAGCGAACUUGGCUGCCUACUGUGGGAAGGCAAUAAACAGCAUUUAA